AUGCCGCGAACUUUCCUAAAGGAUCUACCAGCGAUAGAGCUGGCAGAUCCACUUCUAAAGAGCGCUCAGAUCGAUAUACUAAUUGGCGCGGAUAUCCUUCCGUCGGUCAUCUUGAGCGGCUCCCGGCCAAACAAUUGUGGCUCACUCCUUGGGCAGGAAACCGUGUUUGGCUGGAUUCUUACCGGCCCAAUCUCCCAGAAGUCGCCCUCCAAAGCAGACGAACAGCUCGACAGCCUACUUUCCAAAUUUUGGGAGGUGGAGGAUAUUCCAGCGAAGCUGAUAAAGGAGUCAGACUUCGUUUGCGAAGAAAACUUCGUUAAGACUACUUCUCGUAGCAAAUGUGGUAGAUAUCGGGUGACUCUUCCAUUCCGGAAGCCCGAUGGCAUUGAACUGGGUCAUUCCAGAUCUAUAGCGCUGGCUCAAUUUCUCAAGAACGAGAAUCGUUUGUCAAGAAACGAUUCUCUAAAGGAACAGUACAAUGCCGUUCUCCAGGAGUACGUGGACUUGGGUCAUAUGACACCCAUAUCGCCUCAGGCGAUUGUCACGACUCCUAAUUUCUACCUGCCUCACCACGCCGUUUUCAAACCAGAUAGCACCACAACGAAGGUGCGGGUCGUUUUCAACGCAUCUUGUCCAUCCUCGAAUGGCAAGAGUCUGAAUGAUAUCCUUCAUUCAGGGCCCAUUCUCCAAUCGGAUCUCACGUUACAGAUCCUCAGAUGGCGAUACUAUCGAUAUGUGUUCAAUGCGGACAUAACGAAGAUGUAUCGCCAAAUCCUCAUGGACUCAAAGCACACACCGUUCCAACGAAUUCUGUUCCGCACGUCGGACGGUGAGAUCCGUGACUUUGAGUUGAACACAGUGACAUUCGGUGUCAACUUAUCCUCUCGCAAGCCGAGUCAUUUCAACAACAUGUACGUGGACGACGUCCUGGCGGGGACACACACAAGAGAAGAGGCCAUCCGGACCAUUGCGGAAGUGUGUGCAGCCCUGGACAGCGCUGGCUUCCCGCUGAGGAAGUGGACGUCGAACCAUAAGAGCGUGCUGAAGGACAUUCCAAAGGACCAUCUACUUCGAGAAGAUUUCCUUGAACUCGAAGACUCCAGUACGGCGAAAACUCUGGGCAUCAGGUGGCAAGCUCACGAUGACGAGUUCUUCUUCAUGCCACCCGAAGUUUCCCAUCAGGACUCCUACACGAAGAGGGAAGUGCUCUCGCAAAUCGCUAAGCUUUUCGACCCAGCCGGGUGGCUGGCCCCUUUCGUUAUCCGAGCCAAGAUCUUCAUGCAGGAGAUCUGGCUGAGAACGCUCGAAUGGGACGAGCAUCUACCCACGGAUCUUUCACUCCAAUGGAAGGAGUACCUCCAGAGCUAUCCUGCUCUGGGAAAGAUCCGGAUUCCAAGAUGGGUCCAAUUCCAGACACGAGUGAAGCUCCAGUACCACGGAUUCUGUGAUGCAUCAGAAAGGGCGUACGGAGCAGCGAUCUAUGUCCGUGUGGAGACGGCGAACAAGGUUUCCACGCAUCUCCUUACUGCGAAGACAAAGGUGGCUCCUGUCAAGUCUCUCUCAGUGCCACGUCUGGAGCUUUGUGGCGCCGUCCUGUUGGCUGAGCUAUCUGCAGCCCUCCUCCUGAAUCUGCCAGCAGAAAGUUUCCAGACUUUCUUUUGGACCGACUCAACAAUUGUUCUCGCCUGGUUGAACAAGCCACCCUGCCGAUGGACAACCUUUGUGGCCAAUCGUGUGGCCAAGAUUGUCCAAGCCAGCGACGCCAAGAACUGGUCGCAUGUGCGAUCCGAGCACAAUCCGGCAGAUCUUGCAAGCCGUGGUGUCCUGCCACAAGAAUUGAUUCGUAAUCCUUUGUGGUGGCAUGGACCAGAGUGGCUUCAUCUCCCGUCGGAGCAAUGGCCAACAUCUCCAAGUCCCAUUCCGGAGACUCUGCUGGAGCAGCGGAUUAAGUGCAACGUCGCUAAGUUACCUCCGACUCCCGACUUCCUGAGCAAGUUCUCUGAGUUUGGCAGGGCACUGCGCACGUCUGCCUAUGUUCUCCGAUUCAUCGAUAAGAGUCGGAAGUUGGCAGUUCCAAGCUCUACCGUGGUCCAGGCGGAUGAGCUGUCACGGAUCCAAGAGCGGCUAAUCGUCAUGGCUCAACGACACACUUUCCAACAGGAAUACCAAUGUCUGCAGUCCAAGCAGCCGGUUCCUUCCUCAAGUUCAAUCCGAAAUUUGAACCCUUUCCUCGAUGGCAAGGGGAUUCUACGGGCCUGUGGGCGUCUGAGGGCGUCCCACUCGCUGCGUUACGAUGAGAGUCAUCCAAUCAUCCUCUCGUAUUCCUCGUCCUUUGCACGACUACUGGUUCGUUUCACCCAUCGUAUAUCCUUACAUGGGGGUAACCAAGUCGUCAUGCGGCUGAUCCGUUCCAGAUUCUGGAUUCCAAAGUUGAAGGUCCUCGUUAAAUCCACCAUCAACUCCUGCAAGGUUUGCGUCAUCUACAAGAAGAGAUUGCAGACCCAAAUGAUGGGGACUUGCCCGGAAAGGGCGUCCUACUCGAGACCGUUCACGCACACUGGAGUCGACUUCGCCGGCCCAUUCGAAAUAAAGAACUACACUGGCCGAGCCUGCCUUAUCACCAAAGGGAUAUGUCUGCGUCUUCGUGUGCUUCAGCACGAAGGCGAUCCACUUGGAGACAACAUCGGAUCUCACGACGGAGAAAUUCCUGGCCGCAUUCUCCCGUUUCAUCGCACGGCGCGGGUGUCCACACCAAAUGUACUCGGACAACGGGAAAACCUUCGUUGGAGCUGA